UCCCGUCUCCCGAUUGCACAGUGCCUCGCCGAGUCGCCGUCUGCCCUAGCUUGCCGUAGGCUGCCGUCGCCCCCGCCGGGCGCCGCCUUGCGCACCCAGCUGCCAGCGGCCAGCGCCCGGCCGCUCGGCGUUCGUCGCCUGCGCCCCCGCGCGCAGGACGCGCCGCGCUCGCGGCUCGAGCACACGCAAGGGCCAGGCUUCGGCCGCCUGCCGCGCGCGCCGAGCAGGCGCAGCCGCACAGGGCCGCAGGGGGCAGGGCUGCCGUGCUGCACAGGGCCGCCGCGCACUUGCACUCGCGCCAGGGCAGAGCAGGAAGCCAGCCUGAGAAGUGAACCAAGAAUUAUCGGGUGUACAUGUGUAACCCAUGUCCUAUGCUGGGUCCGCCCCUGUCGGGUGGCUGCUUGCAGUACCUUCCCUUCACUGGCCGCUGUGCUGUGAGCUGUGUCGGAUCAGUUUGAAUCUAAAUCUUCCAACUUCUUGUGAUGGCUUACUGAUCCAAUCCCAGUGAAUACAUGGUCCAGUCCACUCUAGAUGGGGUUAAUCCUUAUUUUUUGUAAAGCUAGUUUAUCUGAAGGUCUGAACCAUAGCAACUCUAUUGUUACAAUUCCUUCAAAAAAAAAUUUGUUACUAUUGCCGCAUGAUGGUACUCUUCUCCCCGACUGUCUUAUCAGUUGACCGCCAUUGUUGAACCAAAGCUAAACUGCUUUUUAUUAAUAAUUUUAUCUUUUAAUCAAAUUGGAUGCACCAGCAAACUGGUUAGGCUAAUUCGUAUAUCUUUUCACAGAGGGCUUGUAUGAUACAGAUAUUUUCGGGGAUAACAGCAAGAAACUUUCAUAGAACUAUACAUGCUUCUAAUCUGUAUACUAUAAGCUUUCGGCACAAAAUUUGUUUUUGCUGGAAGCCGAUGUAUCAACAUAUUACCACCAACAAUUCAAUGAGGCCAAAUGAUUUGAUUGGGGCUCAGGACAGGGUGUCUGCUGAAGGAAAUCGCAAUUGCUCCUCAAGUGUUCAGUCCACUCCAGAAAUUGAGAAGAAGUAUGUGCACAAUGUCUAUGAUGCCAUAGCUCCUCAUUUUAGCGCAACAAGAUUUGCUAAAUGGCCCAAGGUGGCAGAAUUCUUGAAUUCCCUGGGGUCAGGGUCGGUUGUACUGGAUGCUGGCUGCGGUAAUGGCAAGUAUUUGGGCUUCAACCCCGAUUGUUUCUUCAUAGGAUGUGAUAUAAGCCCUCCGCUUAUUGAGAUAUGUGCUGGGAGAGGACAUGAGGUGUUGGUCGCUGAUGCUGUCAACCUCCCGUACAGGGAUAAUUUUGGUGACGCGGCGAUUUCAAUUGCUGUGUUGCAUCAUCUAAGUACUGAUGAUAGGCGGAGGAAGGCCAUAGAAGAGCUAAUCCGUGUAGUCCGGAGAGGUGGUCUGGUUCUCAUCACAGUCUGGGCUAGGGAGCAGGAAGACAAGUCACUGCUCAACAAGUGGACUCCCCUCUGUGAGAAGUACACUGAAGAGUGGGUUGAUCAGAGCAGUCCUCCAGUACGUAGUCAAUCUGCAAGUCUUCUGGAAAGCAUUGCAGAAACUGAUGAAGAUGCUGGUUUAAUGAAGCAAGCAGAUGAUAGAUUGAAAAAAUGUCAUGAUGGCGUUGAGGAUAAGACCAUUACAGCCUGUAGUAAUUCAAAUGCUGAUAAGAAUGAGAAAAACCAGCAGGAAUACUUUGUCCCGUGGCAUCUACCAUUUCACCGAGCUGAAAUUGGUGGUGCAUCUGCUGCUGCUCUUGAGAAGGGAUUUGCAAAGAAAGAUGAGAAGAAGGGCACGGUGGUCUACAAUCGUUAUUAUCAUGUCUUUGUUGAAGGGGAACUUCAAAGAUUAGUCUCUGGAAUAAAGAGUGCUGCUAUUGUUGACCAGUUCUAUGACAAAUCCAACUGGUGCAUUGUUGUCGAGAAGCUUUGAGCUGCAGGGAAAGGGCUGGCAGAAGAAGUCAUCUGAUGCUGGUAUUUAUGGGAACCUCAGUGGUAGGCGAGCUCACUGUUUUAAGCUCGAAAUGUCUGAGGCUGGCCGCUGAUGCAAACAACCUUUUGUUCGAUACUUAACGAGUGUUUGCCUGUUCAGCAUCGCAAUUUUUAAGUCUUAUGUUACGUCAGAUUGCCCAAUAUUUUGAGGGCCAUCUGAGCUUGUAGAAUUUUUUCUGUCGUUCUUAAUGACGUUGUGAAUGAUUGCUACUGUUUUUCUAUAUGAAUUUCGGUUCUUUCACGUAAAAUGCAGCCUGGCGUUUGAACUCU